AUGGCGGAGAAUGGAAGUAAAAUAGAAGAGGAUGAUGAAGUUCCUGGUCGUGUGAAGGAACAUUUGUGUCAACCAAGUUUUGUUCAACUUGUAAUGAAUUCCAAUGCAUUAGAUUUAUGUGAUGAACAUCAACGUUCUUUAGAAUUUUUCUGUGAAGAUGAAAAGAAGCUUUGCUGCAGUAAGUGUGCCAUUGUUAAUCAUCGAAAAUGUCACAGCGUUGUAGAAAUUGAGAAGAUUGCCGAAAAAAUAACCUCACCAAUUUCUACAUUAGGGGAGAAAUUGAAGGAAGCUAAGGAAGCUGCUGAGAGCGUUGCGAGACAGAUUUGCUCUUCAAAAGAUCAACUUGCUCAAGAUAUAAAAGAAAUACAAGUAAAAAUUAGACAAAUGCGAGACGAAGUUAUGAAUAUGUUUGUCGAUCUAGAAGAUUCCGUUAACAAAAGAGCUGAAAUUCUGCAGAAAGAAACAUUACGAUAUCUGACAAAGAAGCAAACACAAAACGAGAAACAUUUGGCUGAUGUAACAAAGUGCUUAGAGACGAUUGAAAAUAUUUUCAAAAAUGGAACUCCAGUACAGAAAUAUAUAGCAGAACGGAAAAUGGAGAGUAAAGUCAACGCUCUCUGCAGAAACAUCAAGGAGGAAUGUCAGAGAUUAGAGAAUGUGAACAUUUCUUUUCAAUUUGACGACACAAUAAAGCUGCCGCCAUUACCUGUAAAUGAAUAUGUUCCAGGACAAUUACAAUUCAAGUUUCAUCACCAGGGAGAGGUUAAUUCUGUUAACAUGAUGAUGAAAUUAACACCAGUUUCUGCUAUUAUUUUGAAGAAGACAGAAAAUGACACAGAUGUACCGUUAUAUACAGGUAUAGAUUUUCUACCUGAUGGUAGACUGGUGGCUGUUGAUAACACGAACAAGAAAUGUUUAGUGUACAAUGAUAAGCUUGAGAAAGAAGGAUCAUAUCAGCUGUCUUACAUACCAUUAUCUGUUGUUGUAGUAUCUGAGGAGGAAAUAGCGAUAACACAAGGUGUAGGGUACAAUAUAGAAUUUUUACACGUUAGUAAAUGUAAUGAAAUAACACCGAGAAGAACAUAUAAAGUGAACACAAUGUAUUACUGUAUAUGUUUGAAAGAUGAUAGACAUUUCGUUGUAGGGACUUGUGGUAAACCAAGACCUGUUCGUAUUGUAUCAUUGACAGGAGAGGAGAGUGAUUUUGGUGUUAACUUUCCAAACAAAUCAUAUCCUGUAGACACUAGCGAUAGUACUUACAUAAAGAGCAGUGACAAAGUGGUGAUAACAGAUAAAGUCGAGCAUACUGUCUACAUAUAUGAUAUCAAGACAGACACAAGAGUCGUAGUGAAGGAUGAUCAGAUACAGGAACCAUGUGGUGUAGCAGUUGGUCCUUCUGAUACUAUCCUGGUGUGUAGCAGCAAAACAAAAACCGUUGUACAGAUAUCACAAAGAGUGCAUGAAACUGACACGCGUUUAUUCCAGCUCAUGAACGUAUCUUUGUAUCUUUGGGCUGAGCAGGCGGUGGGUGGAGCUCUGAAGCCAGGGCCUAUAUCCGCCAUGGAGAAACAUCAUACGGGUAUGAUCAUAUAA